AUGGAAUUUUUUAAAAAACGUGUCUUGCUCUAUGGAAAAAAGAGUUCAGUACAUGGCUUACGAUAUUUAGUCGAUGAAAAUAAUUCGUAUUUAAUCAAGAUAUUUUGGUUAAUUCCUAUAAUACUUUCAAGUAUUGGAUCCACGUACAUAUUUAUUCGAUCGUAUGAAGCGUACGUAUAUAAUAGUAUUAGUUUUGUAACCGAAACAACAUAUUUAAAUUGGAAUACAAGUUUUCCAGCUGUGUCAAUUUGUGAAGUGUGGUACAAAAAUAAAUAUUGGGAACGAUUAGAUAAGUACAAUCUCACAUCAAAAUCCACUUUACAAGAAUACUUAUCUGAAACAGUAUUUUUUACUGGUCAAUGUUAUACUUGUGACAAAUUACGAGAUUGUCCCGAUUGCGAUCGUUAUAUAAAUUUAACAAAAAAUUUAAAAGAGUUUCGUUACAAAUGUGAAGAAAUAUUUGUAAAAUGUUUAUGGAAUGAUGAGCCCUUUAAUUGUUGUGAUCAGUUUUUGCCGUUGGAAACUGAAUAUGGAAUUUGUUACACCAUUAACUCUUUACAUACAAGGUAA